CAAUCAAAAUAUUUAAAUGAUGCCCGGACAUUUCUAAAUUCAAGUUAAAGUUUGGAAAAACAGUUAUUUUCCAUUCGCAGCAAAUCCCGCAAAAUCGCCAGCAAUUUGGCUUGAAAUUCGCCAAUCUGUCGCCGCUGAAGCCCUAACAUCUGUUUUCGCCGUCCACAUGUUUUAUGUUGGGUCGUGCGUGUGGACGACAACUGAAAAGUGGCCAAAGAGCAUAAAUCAAUAGCGUGGCAAUACACUUUUUGGCUUCGUUUCGCCCCGAAGAUACCACUGUCCCCGCCAGCCGAGAGUCGCGACCAGACGACCCGAGAGCGCCAGCCGAGAAACGCUCUAUAAAUAUGGCGAAUCGCCAGCUGUGCCGUGUCUGUGUGCCCAGACUGCUGCCCGUUAGCCGUUCGAGCACCCUCAGCGCACUGAGCAGCAGCAGUCGGAGCCCAGUGAGCAACCGCCAGAGCAUGAGGGAGGCACGUCUGCGGGCCGCCAGGGAGCAGCACUCGAGCCCGCCCAACUACACCCUGGCCGAGCUGGUGUUCAAUCCCGAUUUGCAGAGGAACGUCCAUGAUAUAGGUGUCAUAGAGACCAAGAAAUGCGACAAGGAUUGCAAUGCUGCCUUCGAGCAUGAUGGAUAUUCUAAGGAAGCCGUCGAGCAGCUGAAUCACCUGCUAAUAAGCGACGAGACCAACAAGGCUGUGAACGAGGCCUUCGAGGCAGCCAUCGCUCAGCUUAACUUCCUGCAAUCCAACGAGGACACCAUCAGGGAUUCGGUAAUUUCCCGGAGGGACGCCAGGAAGUUCACGGUGAAGUAUCUGGAGAGGAGCGGCCUGGCGCUGGAGACCGUGGAGAAGCUGUCCUACAUCCAUGUUGCCGGCACCAAGGGCAAGGGCUCCACCUGCGCCCUCACAGAGUCCCUGCUGCGCCACCAGGGCCUCAAAACGGGUUUCUACUCCUCGCCGCACAUUUUGGCCACCAACGAACGCAUCCGCAUCAAUGGCCAGCCCCUGGACAAGGCCAAGUUCACGGAGCACUUCUGGAAGGUGUACAAUCGCCUGUGGGAGUUGCGGGAGCAUGAUCACGACAUGCCCGCCUACUUCAAGUUCGUCACCAUACUGGGCUUUCACGUUUUCGUGGAGGAGAAAGUGGACGUGGCCGUGCUUGAGGUGGGCAUCGGUGGCGAAUCGGAUUGCACCAAUAUCGUACGGAACGUGGGCACCGUGGGAAUCACUUCGCUGGCUUUAGAGCAUACGGAUCUGCUGGGCAUUACCCUCGAGGAGAUUGCCUGGCAGAAGGCUGGCAUCAUUAAGCCAGGAUCGCAUGUGUUCACGCAUGUCACGCAGCCGGAGUGCCUGGAGGUGAUACGUCAGCGGGCGAAGGACAAUGGCAUCGAUACCAUCUUUCAGGUGCCACCCACCGAGGAAUACUUCAAAUCGGAAGCGACCGCCGCUCAGCCCUAUGAAGAUCUCAGCGCUGUGAUUAAGCUGAAUGGUUCUCUGGCCGUCCAGCUGGCCAUGGAUUAUCUGGUGCGGGCAAAGGGAAGGGAGCACAACGCCAACGAGAUAAUGAUGGAUCAACAGCUUCUGGAUGGCCUGGUCAAAUCUCACUGGCCGGGUCGAUGUCAGAAGGUGGAAUGGCGGGGGAUGCGUCUCUUCUUUGACGGAGCCCAUACGCUGGAGAGCAUAGAGGUGUGCGCAGAGUGGUUCCAUAAGAACGUGAAAGACAGUCCGAAUCCCAAGAUCCUGAUCUUUAACCGCAAGGGGCAAACGGAUAUCCGGCCCUUGCUGAAGGUCCUUCAUCGCACAUAUCCCUUCGACAUGGCCUGCUUCUCGCCCAAUUUGUCCGCAUCGAAGCCAAUCUAUGCCAGCCAGGUGUUUCUAUCCGUUAGCGAGGAAAGGCAGCUGGGCCGAUCGCAAUCCAUUGCCAAUGACUGGAAUGACCUGUGUCGCGCAGAGAAUACACCGCUUAAUAGCCAAGCAUUCCCUCACCUAGUCGAUACCUUUAUAGCGAUUCGCGAGAAGUAUCCGCUAACAGAUACCUCCGGUGAGUUGGACGUCCUGGUCACCGGCUCCUUCCAUCUGGUGGGCGCGGCCAUCGCUGCCCUCGAUUCAAUCGAUCAGUCUCAAAGGAACGAGCAGGAUGAUCCGAAAUGAGGCUCCUCUGCUCCUGUUUCCCCCUGCAUUCUCGUGCAUUCCCACUGCGCAUCUGUGGGCACCACAGGAUGCCGUUGUAAUGCCUUAAGAAUAGUUAUUAGUUGAAGUUGAAAUUCUGGCGCAUAUCCCAAAAACGGACUUUAUAUUAUCGAAAGUCUAUUUUAAAUUUUACAUCGUACGUGUAUGUCCACUCUCUUAAGGCCUAAGAAUCAAGUGAUUUCAUCAAAUUUAAUUUGGAAUGUAAGCUGAGAACAUCAAAUUAAACAGUGCAUGGACCUUUGAUAAAUGUUGUUUGGAAUAUAAAUAAUAUUUUGA